AUGAUCGAAAAUAGAAGUAGUUUCUCUGCAGUGGCCCGAGAUCAUGCAGUUAUUGUUUUUGGAGGUUAUAUUUCGCAAAGUGGAGAAAUCUCAGGCUCUUGUGAGGAAUUCUCACCUGCAACCAGCACGUGGAGGAAACUGCCCCCAAUGCCAACGCCUAGGUAUGGCACAGGAGCAGCACAUAUACCCGGUCUUGGUGACAUAGUUGUUGGUGGGACUACAUCUACUGGAAAUUGUAACGAAGCUGAAAUCUUUUUGACAACUUCAUCGCCUCUUGGGCUCGCAAGCAGUUGGUGUGAAAUCGCUCCAAUGCUUCAUUCGAGGUCUUAUCCUGCAGCAGAAUUUUUCAAUGGAAAUGUAUACGUCGCUAGAGGUUCUAUGGAGAUGUUGUCUUUUUUUACUGAAGGACCUCCCCAGUGGACCGAAGUGCUUAAACCCACUUUAAAACUAAACUCGUUGAUCUCUUUUAAUGGGAGUCUUUUGUUUGGUGGUGAGUCAUGUUCACUUUUAUUCAAUAUUUUUUAA